GCUUGACUUGGCUUCUCCGCAUUUAUCAAUCAAAUCGGGAGCCCUCCCGGUCAGCUCUGAAGCUUCAACCUGUAUAAAUAUUCGUCCCUCGUUACAUGUACGAAGUCCCUCCACGCUUGUCUCGGGUGUCUCAAUCCAAAAUGGCCGAUAUCAAAUUCUUCGACAACCCCGCCAUCUAUGACGUGCUGAUCAACCUCUCUCAGGAAGAGGCGAUCGGCUUCCGCGACAUCGUGGAGAAGACAUUCGAAGAUGUCUCUGUCGGCGGCGAACGCCAGUACCAGCCCAUGCCCAGUGUAUCCAACCGAGCAAACGGCCAAAACACUCUCUUCCGCCCCUUCACCUCCGAUUCCAGCGUCGGGACCAAAAUCACCGUCGAGCCCGCGCCAAAUCCCGACGGGACAAAAGAGGCCCUACACGGGACCAUCAUCUUAACCGACGGCAUCGGCAUCCCAACCGCAGUCCUCAGCUCUGAAGAGGUCACCGGCUACCGGACCUCCAUGAACGUCAUGGUCCCGUUCUCAUGGCGCAAGCACGUCGAGAACGUCGUCAUAUUCGGCGGUGGCAUGCAAGCCCUCUGGCACACGCGACUGAUCCUGACCCUACGCGGGCCCGAGGUGAAGAGCAUCACAUACGCAAAUCCCGUAGAGGAGCAGGUAACGAAACUGAUCGCGACAAUCAACAAGGAGAAGCAAGGCCGGUGGACUACGAGUGCUUCCUUCCAUUUCCUCAAUACCACUGCGUCCAACUACCAGACGGAGCUGCAGACUCUGCUCAAAACCGCGGAUGCGGUAUUCUGUACUACGCCCUCCCGCAAACCAUUAUUCCCUGCUAGUUACCUGACCCAGGGCCGGACGCGCCAGCCGUUUAUCUCGGCUAUUGGGUCGUGGCUGCCGGAGAUGUGGGAACUAGAUCAUGGACUGUUACAUCAUGCAAUUUCUGCCGGGGAUGGGUAUAACCCUGUCUCUGGGGACAGUCGAGGGGUCGUACUGACUGAUGACCGGGACUUUGCGUUGCAGAACUGUGGUGAGCUGGUUAAUAGUGGAAUUGCGGCGCAGGAUGUGGUUGAGCUGGGUGAGAUCAUUUCUCUACAAAAAGACAAGAGCUCAACGAAGAUUGAACAGACAGCCAAGUUUAUCUCAGAAGGGUUUGUCGCGUAUAAGAGUAUUGGGGUUAGUUUGACGGAUUUGACGGUCAGCAAUGGAAUUCUGGAGUUGCUGAAGAAUAAGAGGAGGGAACACCUAUAGGUACCUCCUAUUCAAAUUAAUGCUCAUCGAUAAAUGAAUUCGGAGCACAUCCAUCUACAGAAG